AUGACGCAAUUGCUUUUGGAGCAAAACCGGGGUGUCUUUGAAAGCUUUGCCAAAGACACGAAGCACACAUUCGCAGCUUGGGAAACACAGCGAAGUCUUCAUGAUAAGUAUUCCAAGUUGGUUGAUGAAAACAGGCUCCAUGCGCAUUUCCAAGCAGAGGCAACUUUCAAGUGGCAAUUCGCAAAGCGCUACAUUGCUCAGGCUCAGCCUUUGGCACCUGAUGGGUCAGGGAUUGCCAUGACAGACGAGCCCUAUGAUUUGCUUGCCGAUUGGGAAGAGAUGCGUAAGAGGCAUGCGCAGGAAUGUUUCGCCUUCGUUCGCCUUCAUCAAGAGCGCUGUUUGAAGAUGUAUGAUGAAGAAGUUUCAUGUGAAGCUCUUCAGCGCAAGCUUCGGGACAAGGUCGUCGCGUGGUUGGCUCAGUAUGGUUACAACGAUGCUGGGAUAGCGGAAAGCAUGGUUCACAAAUCGAAGCAGUUCGUUGAUAGUUUGGUUCGUUUGGAACGUCCAAGAGUCAAAAAUCGCAUUGAUAAGGAUAAGGAGCAGAAACAAAAACGCGAACAAGCUUUACUGGAUGCCACGUGUAAAUGGGAGAGUUUGGAUGUGAAGGAUGUGCUUUCCCCUGCUCUGCUGGAGUUAGCAAGCCGCGGUUCAGCACGCAGUAAACCGUUGACAGUUAAAGAAGACAGUGCUUUGGCUUUCCUCGUCAAAGACAACGCCGAGUUACAGGAGAAGCAUCGCAUCAAGAUUACUUCCAGUGCGGUGCGUGUGCCAACUCCGAAGCACAAGCCCAAGCCUUCACCGCGGCGCCACAUUCCAGACCAUCAGAAAUGCACGUUCAUUAUUCGAGCGUUGGAGCUCGUUAUGGAUGCAUGCGUGGUGUCCUUCAAUGGGGAGGUCUCCGAAUCACAAGAUGGUGUUGCCACUGGUUUGGGCGUUGCAGGUCAAGUUGCAAACAUUUACCUGUCAAGCCUCGAUAACUUUUUGAUGCAGUCCCAUGAUAUUCACUUGCAGUUCUUGCGGCGGUACAUUGAUGAUAUCCUUCUUUUGUGGAGUGGUUCCACGCUGGAAUUAUCUGCUAUUGCAAACAGCUGGCAUCCUUCAUUGAAGUUCGAUCUGUCAGGUGAUGGAUAUGUCCAUUUCCUUGACGUGGCCUUGCACAUUGAGCAAAAUAGGUCAGUUUCUUGGUCUAUGUAUGAGAAACCACUGAACUUGCACUUGUAUGUGCCGGCCAACAGCUGUCACCCUGACAGCGUUUUUCACAGCCUGUAUGAGAAACCACUGAACUUGCACUUGUAUGUGCCGGCCAACAGCUGUCACCCGAACAGCGUUUUUCACAGCCUUCAAAUUGGUGGGUUUUGCAGAUGUCUGCGCAGGAAUUCUUCUUCCGUUGAUGCUAAACGAAGCUUAGCUGCUUUCAAGUUGCGUCUGCGGGAUCGCGGGUUCAGUAUCGUGGCUUUCGAGCGUAUCGUCAUGCGGUAUCAAGACAGGAAUGCAGCGAAACAGCGUCGCAGAAACACUAUCCGCUAA